CAGUACUUAUACUUGUGCGCCCUCCUCCCCUCUCUCUCCCCAUCCUCCAUGUGGCCCGCGCUCGAACCACCCCCGCUCCCAGGUAUCCUCCAAUACGUACGCGCCCCGUAAUACCCCCCCUUGCCACCGCUCACCCCUGCAGUUCCCCUUCGCCUGCCGCAUCGCCGCAUUCGCACUCUUCGUCCCCUUCGCUCUCUGUAUCAUCCUCGACAUCGUCGCAUACGCCAUCGCACGCACUCUCCAUCUUUCUCUCACCCCCCGCCGUGUCCCCAGAUCCCCCGUCUCCAUCUCUGCAGACAUCCUCGACGUCCACAGCCAUACCGAGUCUGAAUCAGAAACCUCUUCCGCCGUCUCCACCCCCUGACCCGCUCUACUCCAAACAAUGACGACUCCUACUUCCCUCACGCUUGUCGGCGCUACAGGCCUCACGGGAUCGCACACGCUCAAAUCCCUCCUCGCCUCGCCCCACGCAUUCAACAUCACCACCCUCACCCGCCGCGCGCCCGAGAACAGCGCGGCGCCAGCCAACCCGUUGACCAAGGUCACUUCCCGCCUCUUUUCCUCUCUCUUUGACGCCCUCGCCGACAAGGAGCGGUUGGUGGAGAGCGGGGGCGUGUACGUUUCGUGCUUGGGCACGACCCGUGCGGCUGCGGGGGGUACUGCUGAACAGGAGAAGAUUGAUUUGGUGCUCAACAGGGACUUGGCCAAACGAGCCAAGGAGGACGGUGCUUCUACUAUCAUCCUCGUCUCCUCUGUCGGCGCAUCCCCCGACUCUCGCAUGUUUUACCCCCGCAUCAAAGGCCAACUCGAAGCCGACGUCAAAGCCCUCGCUUUCGACCGUACCGUCAUUCUCCGACCAGCUACCCUUCUCGGCGGCAGGACCGAGUCCAGGCCGGUGGAGUAUAUCGCGCAGAACCUGUUUAGGGGCUUGAGGAAGGUUGGCUUGCCGGUGGAUAGUCUGGCUAUCGAUGCUGAAGAUGUGGGAGCUUGUAUCGCGCACCUCGCGGCCAACCCGCCGACCGAGAAAUUGCUUGUAAUCGAUGACCACGAGAUCAUCGCCAACGCCAAAUUGUACCGCACCGCCCAGCCGACAUCUGCCUAGAUGGCACUGUCGGCGAUAUAUGUGUAUCAAAGUGUAUCGAAAUGUCAUGUCGAAUACGUACGAGAAAGAGAAUGAUGGUUUACUUUAUGCAGAUAUCUGUGU